GGAUUUAGAUUAAGCCAAGUCUACUACAUUUCACGGUUUGCAUUCGAUAUUUGUUAUGAAGCUGAACUCUGAUCGUAUAACAAAUAAAAAUACAGUGAUAGUUAAAUCUAAAAUACCUUUAUUCGGUUUUUGCAUUCAAAUGAAAAGAUAAAAGCAAAAUUAUAAAGUUAGCCAAAAUGCUUCCACGACAAAAAUAUGGCCUUACGUUCUUUUUACUUUUCAACGUAGCGUGUUCAUGGCCGCUGAAACAAUCACACAACAACAAUAUAAGACGAUUGAUAGAACUCAUCAAAAGACGGGCUAUACUAUCCAGCGAUGAAAGCAUUCUUGGUGUACCAGAAUCAGUUGAAGAUCUACCUAGAACAGAGAAAAUUCAUCCUGGCCACACGCUCCUUCGACCAGCUUUUGGGAUGUUAAAAUCUUCUGUUAAAUUUCCCCAUAAGGACGUAGGUGGUGCAGUUUAUGGAAAUCUAGCCAACCUUGGAAUAACUUAUGGUAAAACCAACAAUCGGGUGCUGUACUCAGGUUUUAGAAAAACGAAUAAUUUAUUGUAUAAUUUGUUGAAAGAGUUACCACAUUUUGAUUCACGGUCUAAAAAAGGGACCAAAUCUUGGGUUGUCAUUGAACUGAGCCCACUAUCUAGAAAGAAAGACAUCCAGAAAAGGAUUACAUACGGAUAUGAUUCGCAAGAGUUAAAAAACACCAACAAUAAUGCCAUGGAAAUAUUAGAUGACAAUUCCUCUAAAGACACGUCGUUAAAUUCAAGAAGACAAAGAAAGCCAAGAAAAAGUAAAUAUAGAGACCGAGGUCGUUUUGUUUCUUCUGAAAGUGACAGUUCAUCCGUUUCCGAUUCCAAAUCUUCAGAUUAUGAGCGAAAUCCUGGAAAUCCCUACACAGUUCACAAAGAUAAAUACAAACAAAACUGGCUUUGGAAUCACUUUAUGGAUGGUAAUCACAUGAACGUGAAUCCAUAUGCACCUCCAUUUAGUAGUAUGGGCCCAUCAGGAGCAGCGCUUUUCUUUGGAAGAAAGUGGUGGUAUUACAAUCAGGAUGAUUUCAAGCCAUUAAGUUAAGCCAAUACAAUGCAGUUUUAAAAUCUUAACGAAAUUGUUUAGAAUAUGUUGCUGCAUAUAGAGUUCAAACUCUGUAUAAUCAACUCCAUUCCCUUUCUUGAGCUGAACUUUUUCUAUUGCAAUUAUUGUUACAAAAUACAAGGUUAUAUUUUAUUCCAAGAGUUAUCGCUACAGGAAUAUUUGGGUGUAUAUAAUACAAAUAUUAUACGAGUGAUCUUAAUGGUA